AUUUCGCUCUUGCCUCUCUCUUCUAGUGCACUCACUCGCAGGGCUGCCUGUGAACAACGUUGUCUUCUUGGUCUUCUUGCCGGGGGCAGUAGCGGUAGCUGCAGAGCUUGACAGGAGUGGCUGCCUGUGGGGCAUGGAAGCAGCCUCCCCGGUAGCCCAGAGAGAAGCGAGCGAGCCCCGCUGUCUGUGACCUAGGAGUGAGGCUGCUGUCCCCUGCGUGGGGAGCUCAUCAUCCACAGAGAGUCUCGCCUUUCCUUCUCUUCCAAGUCUCCCUCUGCAGGGCCGGCUAAAGCCAGGAUCCACACCAGAGGGGACCAUGGAACUGCUGUCCACCCCCCACAGCAUCGAGAUCAACAAUAUCACUUGUGACUCUUUCCGUAUCUCCUGGGCCAUGGAAGACAGUGACCUGGAGAGGGUCACCCAUUAUUUCAUUGACCUCAACAAGAAGGAAAACAAGAAUUCCAACAAGUUCAAACACCGGGAUGUCCCCACCAAGCUCGUGGCCAAAGCAGUGCCUCUGCCCAUGACAGUGAGAGGCCACUGGUUCCUGAGUCCCCGUACAGAAUACAGUGUGGCCGUGCAGACAGCGGUGAAGCAGAGCGAUGGGGAGUACCUGGUGUCUGGCUGGAGUGAGACUGUGGAGUUCUGCACUGGAGAUUAUGCCAAGGAGCACCUGGCCCAGCUGCAGGAGAAGGCUGAGCAGAUCGCUGGCCGCAUGCUCCGCUUCUCUGUGUUCUACCGCAACCAUCACAAGGAGUACUUCCAGCAUGCCAGGACCCACUGCGGGAACGUGCUGCAGCCUUACCUGAAGGACAACAGUGGCAGCCAUGGCUCCCCAACCAGUGGCAUGCUGCACGGUGUCUUCUUCAGCUGCAACACGGAGUUCAACACAGGCCAGCCCCCACAGGACUCCCCUUAUGGCCGCUGGCGCUUCCAGAUCCCUGCCCAGCGCCUCUUCAACCCCAGCACCAACCUCUACUUUGCGGACUUCUACUGUAUGUACACAGCCUACCACUAUGCCAUCCUGGUACUGGCACCCAAGGGCUCCCUGGGGGACCGCUUCUGUCGUGACCGGCUGCCCCUCCUGGACAUUGCCUGCAACAAGUUCCUGACCUGCAGUGUGGAAGACGGAGAGCUGAUCUUCCGCCAUGCUCAGGACCUCAUCCUGGAGAUUAUCUACACCGAGCCCGUCGACCUGUCCCUGGGCACGCUGGGAGAGAUCAGCGGGCACCAGCUCAUGAGCCUGUCCACUGCCGAUGCCAAGAAAGAUCCCAGCUGCAAGACCUGCAACAUCAGCGUGGGCCGCUAGGGACUCCUGGGGAGCUGGCGGCCUGGGGAGAGAUGGCAAGAGAGCGGGGAUGUGUGGCUUAGGUUUGGGGAGCUGGCUUUCUCUUCCUCCCCCUGCUCCCUCCACUCUGUCCAUCUACCCUUCCUCCACCCUGUUGUUGGUGACAACAGAAGGUAGUCCUCUUGUUAGCAUGGCCCAUUUCAGGCCUGGUGGACUUGGGGUGGGGGCGGUUCUCGGCAGGAGAUGACUUCCUUUUCUGUUUUUCCUCUUCUGCUUUUGGGCCUCAAGCAGGCCUCUAUCUCCCAGAGUCCUCCCUGCCUCCUGGGCCAAAGCCCGUGUGUAACCUGGCCUCCACAUAGAUGCAGAAAGUUGUGGGGCACCUCCUUCUUAGCCCCACCCACCCCACUCAGGGCCACCCCAGACAGCCCCCUCCCUACUCAGCUGGGCCCCAGGUCUUUGACACCUCCAGGCCAGGACCCUCCCUCUAUAAAUAAGCUCCUGCAUUGCUGUCUCACCCUGGCUGCUCCUCCCCCUACCCCCGGAGCCCUCUUCCCGCAUGGGAGAACUGUCCAUCCUUUCUGUCACUGUCAUCAGCCGUUUAAGAUACCCUCCCACUUUCUGGAAAAGUACCCUCUCUCGUUUCCUAGUUUGGAGGGCUCUGGGCUCUUGAGAUUUUACUUUCUUCUGUCUGGGGAUGAUAUAUUCCUUGGCAAACCUUCUCCCUCGCUCAGAGAGCACAAGGGCCUAAAAGGAAAAAAAAAAAAAAAAAAAAAAAAACAGCUACUGGGGUCGAGGAGGGGGAAGGAAACCCCGAGACCUAGUCCUCAGCCAGAAGUGGGCCACCUCAUGUCUUGAUGGGUCUGAUAGAGCUAGAGAACCGAGUGUGGCCCGCAGAGCCCUGCCACCCUGCCCAGCUGUGCAUUUUGCUCGCUCCCUUGCCCGCUCUGCCUUCGAGUCAUGACUGUUCUGUGCUGUGUGUGAGCCCGACUGUGGGCUUCUCCGUCAUGCCACCUCCUGCCCUAUCUGGGCUGCUCCCCUGGGGAGUUCUUGAUGGGUCCCCCCCCCCACACACACAGUUUCCCAUGUGUUCAUCUUGUUCCUGCUGUUGUCUGGGUCAGGAGGGUGGUGAGAGUGGGCAGGCAGGUGGGGAGGUAGAGUAGAGGGAGGGCAAAGUCACAUUUUCAGAGGUGACAGAUGACACACAGGCCUCUGGAUUUCUGUGAAGGACAGAGGAGCUGGCAGGCCCACAGGGCCAUCCCUCUGAGGGACAGGUGAAUGGCUGGUCUCCAGAGGUGAUGCUGGUGGACAGCAAGCACCUCAUUGGAAUGGCACAGGAAGUCUGGGAUCCUGGGAAAUGUGUGUACAAGAGGAUCUGACCCCUAAGCCCCUCCCCCUCUGCUGACAGCGCUGCUGUGGGCGUGGCUUGCUGCCUUGUCCUCUGUCCCUGGGUGGGGUACACCCUCCUGUGCUGUGCUUGCCAUGUGCAUCAAUAAACCACCAUGGCCCAAGGGC